AUAUAUGAACAAGAAACGUGUUCAGCGACAGAGAAUAGAAACUAGAUAGCAAUGGAGGUUGAGAAAGUAGAGAGUAGUAGCAGUAAGAAGAUUACAGUUGCUGGAGGAAAUGGAAGAUGGUCUCUCAAUGGAAUGACUGCUCUAGUCACUGGUGGUACUAGAGGAAUCGGAUAUGCUGUUGUGGAGGAAUUGGCUGGAUUUGGGGCAAAAGUACAUACUUGUUCAAGAAAUGAAAUUGAACUUAAUCGAUGUUUACAAGAAUGGAAGCAAAAGGGUUUUCAAGUUACUGGCUCUGUUUGUGAUGUUUCGUCUUCAGAGGGUCGUGUCAAGCUCAUGGAUUCUGUGUCUGGUCUUUAUAACACCAAGCUCAAUAUCCUUGUUAAUAAUGUUGGCACAAAUAUAAGAAAACCGUCGGUGGAGUACACUGCUGAAGAAUACUCGAAACUGAUGUCUACCAACUUGGAAUCCUGUUACCACCUAUGCCAACUUGCACACCCGCUUCUGAAAUCUUCAGGGAUGGGAAGUAUUGUGUUUAUCUCUUCUGUCGCUGGUGUGGCGGCAUUGGCUACUGGGAGUAUUUAUGGAGCAACUAAAGGAGCAAUGAAUCAACUCGCAAAAAGUUUGGCAUGUGAAUGGGCGAAAGACCACAUUAGGUGUAACUCUGUUGCACCUUGGUACAUCAAAACCUCGCUUGUCGAACAUUUGCUUGAAGACAAAGAAUUUGUAGAUAGAGUAAUCGCCCGUACUCCUCUUCGACGAGUUGGAGAACCGCAGGAGGUUGCAUCACUGGUUGCCUAUCUUUGCUUACCUGCUUCCUCUUACAUCACGGGGCAGACUAUCUCUGUUGAUGGAGGGAUGACUGUCAAUGGGUUUUUUCCAACUCAUGACUAGUAACAGCGUAACUCAAUUCAACAUUACUACCCCUUUGGUCGGGUGAAAGCAGCUCAAAUAAUGUAAGACUAUCAACGUCUGAAACAUGUGAAAUCUGUUAUUUAUGCCUGAAUCUCUUUCAAUUUGUCUGUGCUACUCGAUUUUAACUGUCAACAAAACCUGAUACUGACAAUCAAGCACAAAGUUAGUUGGAGUUUGUGUUAUGC